ACCCAGACGUCGACGGGUCUGGUACAAAAAGGCUCGGCAAAGCUUCGGCGUGCCAGAACGGUCUCACCACUGCCACUACCACGACCACUCUGCAAUCUCCGAUUCUGGCCUACGAGUCAGGCAGACUAGAAGAGCCGACCGGUGUAGGCGGCCAAACACUGGCUUCCGGGGCCUGGCCCUUUCGACUCACUUCGCCUGCACCGCAUUCGGCGUUAACAAAGCCGAAAUCGGCGGCCGAGCCUGGAUCAAGACCCGAAAAAACUGGGGUUAGAGGCGCCAGAGACUGUGUGCCCUCGGCGUCGCAGAAUUUUCCAGCGCCGGUUAAGCACAACGAUGAGACUGGUGGCAGAGAAAACAGCCACCGUAGGGCAAACACUGCAAUUGGAGGCCCCAGUCUGGCCUCAGGCAUAACAAAGAAGUUUGUCUUUGUAAAAUACGGUGAUGGCGAUAAUGAAGGUAAGUGCUCAGAGCUGACCGUGGGCAGUCGUCUUCGAGGGGUUCAAUGGACUACGGCUGACUAUGCCAAGCUGCAACGUGUUCAGGUCACCAUUCAACAAAUAGAUCAGGACAUUUCUAUGAUGGACGAGCUGUGCUCCCGAUUUGGGCUGUCUGAGUCUAUUCACUCGUCAGAUUCUAGGCUGUCCGAGUCUGUCCCCUCGCCAGAUUUUAGGCUGUCCCAGCAUCUCGAGACUGACGAGCCACAGGAGCCGGAUUGCGAGGCGAAGUCGCCCGUGACCAACAGACGGAGUCAGGUCAUCUCUCCGCCCAGGUUAGAGGCAACCACGUACACCGGAGAGACGUGUGCCCUGCAUGAGGUUGUGGUACAGAGCUCCUGCACCACGUCUCGCCCACUCCCCAGUCGGCCUCAGCACCACAUCACCACCGGCAGGACUCACCUGGCCCCGAGCGCAAGUGAGGUCACAACGAGCGUACCCCCUGUUGACGCCGGAGGCAAGACGACCGGAAACCGUGCGAACGUCAUCCCGGGCCAGGUCGCCUGCCAGUUGGCGGGCCCCUACCGACUCGGCCUUUCACCCGCCGACAUCUCAGCUCCGCGCCUCCAGACAACCACGUACUCAGAGGCGGUGACAGACCUGUCAACGGCGCGACGAGCACUCCGACCUGUCAAGCCCCCGGGCGCGAUAGCACCUACAGACGCCGAGAGCAAAUGCCUUCUGGGGCCUGUUGAUUUGAAGGAAGACUGUGCUGUGGAGAAGGCGAAUACAGCAACAAGCGACACGAUCCCACCGAUUGCCUCGCAAGCUAGAGACGAUCACGAAGCUUUAGCGACCCCAAUAAGC